CGGGCGCAAGCGACGGUACACAAGACCCACUAACACAAACAUAAACACACACAUCCACCAACACAAACAUAGACACACUCACACACACACACACAAACACACACACACAUGCAUACACAUACACACACACACAGGAUGGCUUUGUUACAGCGGUUCGAGGAGUUUGUGUUCGAUGAGCGGCUUGGAGCUGGCACAUAUGGGGUUGUGUUUCGGGCUCACUCAGAGCGCACCCCAGAAGCGCCACCCGUGGCUGUCAAAUGCGUUUCGCGCGAUCGCCUUAACAAGAAGGCCGAAGAGAACGUGAUGAUGGAAUGUCAGCUGCUGCAAGGACUUCGACACCCCAACAUCGUGCAAAUGCUUCGCUAUGCGGCGGACCCAAACUUCCUGUACAUUGUGAUGGAGUUUUGCUCUGAAGGCGACCUGUCGCAGAUAUUGAAGCAGAAACACAGGCUUGCGGAGGGUGAGGCGCGGUUCUUCCUGGGUCAGCUGGCCAGCGCCCUUGAGUAUCUUCACGAUCGCCAAAUUGCACAUCUUGACCUGAAGCCGUCCAACUUGCUCAUCUACCUGCGUGGAACGCGUCAAUUCCUCAAGUUGGCCGAUUUUGGGUUUGCGUGUCGGAUUGGAGAAGACAGCUUCCACGAGUCGCUGCGUGGGAGUCCGCUGUAUCUGGCGCCGGAGAUGUUGUGCGACAAGAAGUACGACGCACGUGCGGACCUGUGGUCUGUUGGUGUCAUCUUACACGAGGUGCUGUUUGGCCGUGCGCCAUUCCACUCGGAGACAUACCUGGAGCUUAUCAAGAAGAUCACGUCAAAGUCAAGCAUCAAGCUUCCACCCCAGCCGUCUGUCUCCUCGGACUGCCGCGACCUUGUGCUCAAACUCCUGCAACGAAAUCCAGACAAGCGGAUCACCUUCUCCGACUUUUUCAAGCACCCGUUUGUUGACCUGGACCACGUGCCAUCGCAUCUCAGCCUCGCAAAGGGAAGGGAGAGUGCGCGACAUGGCCACGAAUUUGAGCGCUCAAACAUGCUGAAGCGUGCAUUGGACUGCUACUGCGAUGCUGCCCCGCACCUGAUUGCUGCUGCCUGCUUCGAAACAGAUGUUCAACAGGAGCAAAAGCUCUUCAAAGAGGCCGAGGAAGCCAUCACCAAAGCGGAGGAGCUCAAGGCAAAACUUCGGCGCAGUCUUGGCGCAAACCAAACGUUCCUCGCAUCAGCCCCACCAGAGAUGGGGUCCGACCUCGUCGUAUCGCUCGUGCAUUCUCCCGAACUCACACACGACCUGCGCCAAGCCUUCAGAACGGCAUUUGAAUCGCUUCACAAGGGCUUUCGGUAUGACGAACAACAUGAGUACGAGCUUGCGGGAGCGCAAUACGAACUUGGCAUCGAACGUCUACUGGAAUGCGUGAAAGGAAAUUACGGGCCGCCACCGAAUCGACCGCUCCAGGAACAGCUGUACUCGGUCAUUGAGCGCUACCUUGCUCGACUGGAAGAGAUCAAAACCCAGGCGCGCGACACGGGGCGAAGCCGGAUUGCUGCUCGCGAAUGCUGCAUCUCAUAG